CUUUGAGUCUACUCGUUGGUUGGUUCAGGUGUGGGUAAAGUACUGGGUUUGGUAAACAACAGUGUUGUUUACAUUCUUUCUUUCUGAAAAGUCAUGGGCCACCGGCAAGAAAUGAAAGUGAAAUCAGGGGGUGGUGUCAUCAGCAGAAAUGUGCCAAAGUUCAGAGAGCUGUUUACUGCGCCUGCCAGCCGGUCAUAAGCUCAGGGCUGCAUCGAGCUGCUGUUCCCCUCUCCACCCGCCUCGAUUCUGGAGCCUGACAUUAUUAGGAAGCCAGCAAGAAAGACAGAUCAACCGAACCUGAUUCCCUGCUCCUCCUCUAUGAGUGUUUUGCGGGUUCUGCAUCUUCUUUUUUGCACCGAGGAAGGCAGCCCUGGGAGGAGAAGAUGAGCAGCCUAAGGUCAAGGUGGAGUAGCCAGCUGCUGUUCCUGGGCAUCGUGGUGCUCACGGUCGUGGUCAUCUUCCUGCUAUUCUACGCUCUCCUCUGGAAGGCCGGCAACCUCACUGACCUGCCCGACCUCAGGAUUGGCUUCUACAAUUUCUGCCUCUGGAAUGAGGACAUUGGCGCCCUACAGUGCCACCAGUUCCCUGAGCUGGAGGCCCUGGGGGUGCCUCGCAUUGGCCUGGCCCUGGCCAGGCUGGGCGUGUAUGGGGCCCUGGUCCUCGCCCUCUUUGUCCCCCUGCCCCUCCUUCUGGCCUGGUGCAACAGCAACGAGGGGGAGUGGAGGCUGGCGGUGGGCUUCCUGGCCAUGUCCUCUGUGCUGCUGGCCAGCGGCCUGGGCCUCUUCCUCACCUACACGUGGAAGUGGGUCAGGCUCUCCCUGCCAGGGCCUGGGUUUCUAGCUCUGGGAGUCGCCCAGGCCUUACUCAUCCUCUUGCUUAUGGCCACAGCUGUGUUCCCUCACAGGGCAAAGGAUAAGAGUAGGCUCGAGAGCUGCUGGUUCUGACUAAAGGCUGCCAUGAUCGCAAGGGCUCAGUUUGAACUACAUUCAGAGAAGAUGCCAGAGAAUUCCUGGGCUGGGACGUCUUCUCAGCCACUCCGUUUCACAGCUAAUGCGGACCUCAAGUUCUAGCAGACGGGACCCACCGCGGAGGGGGUGGGGUACCCAGCAUCAAGGAGGCCAAGAGGUAGCAAGGGCGUCCAGGGCACCUCCGGCUUCUUAGAGUAGAUGUCUGUCCUUCGGGACUCCCAAAGUUCCUAAGGACACCCUAAAACCACGCAGCUCAUUGUCAUGAGAAUUUCUGCCUUAAUUAACUGAUCUGAGCAAGCCAUCCGUUCUUUAUCCUCAGAACAAUGGGGAGAUUAGGCUUCCUGUCAUGGGGCCAGAGUUCCAGGAGGAGUUGCCAAAUGCCAGACUGGAACCCAGGGAAGGUUUAUGAAGGAAGACCUCAGUGACCCUGGGGGUUCUGGUUAGUAAGCUCCCCUUCACCAUCCGAGGGGGGACACGGUGAGCCCCUCACCCCUGAAACCACUCCCAGAGGCCCAGGAGUGAUCUGAGGGACUCACCAAAGACAGAGAACACAUGGACACAAAGAGCAGCCUUGGUGGCUUUGAAGGUUUCCCUGAAAAGGCUCCUGGACCUGUAGCCAGACGGGGGUCAGCUGGC